AAUCAGGGCCGUGGCGACUGGCCUCCUAAUUAUAGUAGUGAUCGUGGUUAAGCUCAUACUCCAAUUCCUUGCUUCCCUGAAACAUGAUCACACCAGAAGAAUAUCAUCCAUGAAACCUAAGCUGACUAUCUACUCUCCACAAUUAACUGAUGAAAACCAGAAAUAUCUUGCAGCCUCAGAUCUUCCUUGCUUGAACAAAGUCUGACCAACCAGCUCUUUUGUGGGGUUACUCAGGCAUCGGGUGAAGGCCCAGCCUCAGUCGUUCAUCGCCUUUGCCAUCAGCCCAUGGCUGGAUAUUAUCCUCAAUUUAGUAUAUGCUUCUCUUGAUCUUUGCCAAUCUAUUAUGUCCUCUUCUAAGCCGUCAAACCGAGUUAAUUUCCCUUGUGAUGGUCCCGCCGCUUGCAGGACUGUUUCGUCUUCUCGACAGUUCUUAUUGAAACCGACGUUGCGAACGCAGUCAGCGACUGAACAUCUUACUCAGCUUCGACAUGGAGUCUAAGAAGGAGUCAGUGGAUAUCAGCGUCUGUCAGUCAUUGAGGGAAUCGACAAAUGAAAGAGCCGAAGCACCCGAGCCACAGAUCUAUACGCAGGAGACGCAGCUUGAGAUAGGCGAUGAUAUUGAUGACGACGUUGUGUCUCCAGAGGUACGAGCGAGUGUUGCUGCAGACGAUGAGGACAUCCCAGUCAAUACCUUCCGCGCCUGGUUCCUUGGGAUAGUUGGAACUGUGAUCCUUACAGCGUUGAACCAGUUCUUUCAACUUCAUUCUCCACCACUAUUCCUUUCCGCAUACCUAGCCAUCUUAGUGACAUUCCCCUGCGGAAGGUUGAUGGAAGCUGUUUUGCCAGAAAGAAAAUGGAAAAUACUGGGUUGGACAUUUACACUCAACCCAGGACGCUUCAAUCAAAAAGAGCACUGUAUCGUGGCCAUAAUGGCGUCCUUGGUGACGGCUUUCGAUAACGGGUCUCUCGCAACAGAUGUCUAUGUCGCCUUUGAGAAGUUCCUUCACAUCCCAGUUUCCCUUGGAUACAGGUUUAUGUUUCUUCUCACCACGCAGGCUUUGAGCUUUGGCAUCGCAGGAUUGUUUCACAAAUUCCUCGUCGAGCCAGCAGCCUGCGUCUGGCCAGGGGUGCUCCCGACUUGCUCCAUGCUGUAUACUAUGCACCAGCGGAACAAGCAGAACGAGGAAGCUAAUGGAUGGAAAAUCAGUCGCAUGAAGCUCUUUGCUGUUGUUAUCCUAUGUGGAGCAGCAUAUCAGUUUCUUCCAGGGUUUUUGUUCACAGGCCUCACAACAUUUGCCUGGAUAUCUUGGAUUGUUCCCAACAAUGUCACUGUCAACCAGGUCUUUGGAGCCGUUUCGGGGAUGGAUCUUCUCCCCAUGACCUUGGAUUGGAAUCAGAUAACUGGCUACCUCGGAUCGCCUCUCCUUGUGCCUACAUGGGCGUUGACGAACGUGUUCUGUGGAAGUAUCUUUUUCCUUUGGAUCGUGUCUCCAGCAUUACACUGGAGCAAUGUUUGGCAGGGGAUGUACAUGCCGUUUUCUUCGUCGAAGACCUUCGAUAAUACAGGCAAACCAUACAACACCAGUCGAGUGAUGAAUCCAGAUUACUCACUAAAUCAAACUGCCUAUCAUGAAUAUUCUCCGGUGUUUCUAUCAACAACGUCCGUUCUCUCGUAUGGAUUGGGAUUUGCCGCUGUGGCUUCGAUCAUAGUACAUACCGCCCUCUACCACCGCCGUGAGAUUUGGUACGGUCUUCUUGCUAGCAUUGGAAGGUCGUCUGUUGAAGAGAAACCAGACAUUCACGCGCGGUUGAUGAAGAGGUACAAGCAAGUCCCGUUGUGGUGGUAUGCCUGUACCUUUCUAGCGAUAUUCAGCAUCAGCAUCGCUUUUCUCUAUGCUUAUGAUACCGGCCUUCCCUGGUAUGGUCUCAUCCUAGCCAUAGCGCUUCACAUAAUACUCUUGUUGCCAACUGGCAUCAUGAUGGCCUACUGCAAUAUCAAGCUUUCAACUGCCGUGAUAUCGGCCCUCGUAGCCGGAUACAUCUGGCCAGGCAAGAUGAUGAACAAUGUGGUUUUCAAGAUCUUUACUCUGGUUUCAUCAGCUCAAGGGCUCGGGUAUAUCUCGGUCAUGAAGCUUGCCCACUACAUGAAAAUUCCUCCUCGAGUCACUUUCGCGGCACAGUGCACGGGCAUCAUCGUUUCGUGGCUGACACAGACUGCAGUCAACGUCUGGGCGAUGGGCAACGUUGAAGACGUCUGCACCCCGGAAGCAAGCAACAACGCGAGACAGUUCCUCUGCCCACUUGCUGCAGGCUACGCCACAAAUGCCACCUUCUGGGGCCUCAUCGGCCCGAAAAGGCUCUUCUCGGAGGGCUCAAUGUACCGAUCUAUGUUGUGGUUCUUCUUCAUCGGUGCCGCAUCCCCAAUAGUACUGUACCUUCUGGACAGACGCUUCCCCAGAGCAAUGCUGAGAAAGGUCCACCUACCCGCAAUCUUCGCAUCCACCGCAUCGAUACCACCAGCCACCGCGGCAAAUUACAUGGCCUGGGGUAUUGUGGGGCUCUAUUUCAACGGCCAUCUCAAGCGCGGGUACCGACGAUGGUGGAUGAAGUAUAAUUACAUCCUGUCAGCUGGACUCGAUGCAGCGCUGGCAGUCGGCAACUUUCUCAUCUUCUUCUGCUUGGCGUACCCCGGUGUUCAGCUCAAGUGGUUUGGGAACGAAAUCACCUCGCGCACGGCCGAUGGAAUCGGCGUUCCGUUGCGAACGGUGGAGCGUGGACAAACCUUUGGACCACGGACGUGGAAUUGAGGCUGGUGAAGGUGUGAGAUGAACGUUGAUUAGAGUACUUUUGCAGAAAUCAUUUUUCUAGUAAUCUAUGGGCUCAGUACUUUUGCUGUCCUGCCAAAAUAGGUAUGAUGUCACUGCGUGCGGAGGUGGAGAGCCUAACAUCCCCACCUUCACCUGGGGUAAUUAUCAUCUGGAUACGGAAUACCUCUCUAGGAGAUCUAAC